CUGGCAAACUCUCGCAAGUCACGCAGCCGCAUUUCAAGCCUUCAUUCUCUCUCGUAAACCCUAAACCGCCGCAAUCCCCACCCGAUUUCGCCAUGGAAGCGGACGAGGCUUCGCAGCCGCCUCCGUGGGCGCAGAAUAAGUCGGCCGCGGCCAUCGAGGUCUCGUCGGGUCCGCUUGCCGCCGCCGCGGCCCGCCUCUCCGCCCGCUCCCGCGCGCUCCCGUCGUCCCGCGACUUCCACUUCUACAACAACUUCCCCGCCUUCAAAUCCCCCGUCGGCGCCGCCGCGGCCAAGGCCGACGCCUCCCUCGGCGUGCUAGGCGCCGCGCCGCUACUCCCGAGGCAGCAGCCGCCGUUCCCCGGGGCCGGCGACCUUGACAACGCGCACGACUGGCUUGUCGCUCUCAACGACGACCUGCUUGAGCGGUUCGGCGCCUCCAUGGACGAGUUCAGGUCGCUGAGGGAGAAGGAGGAGGUGGCUGGGCGGAGGGCCGCCCCGGAGGAGACGGUGGGGGCGGGGGACGGGUUCCAGGUGGUGUACGGGAAGAAGAAGAAGAAGGUGGGUGGUCGGGAGGAAGGCGUUGGAAAGGUCGAGGCCUUUGGGGUUUCUGGCUCGGUGAAGAUGGCCACAAAGGACAAGGCGACCGUGCCGGCGAAGGUGCCCUUCCACAUCCCCACCAUUCCGCGGCCCCAGGACGCGUACCGCAUUGUGGUGGACAACACGAACAAGCCGUUCGAGCAUGUCUUGCUUGAGCUGAGCGAGGACGGCACCCGUCCCGUGCACCCAUUGGAGAAACUCCCUAUGGAACAACUAAUUGACAGAAAUGUUCCUCAUAGUGAGCCAGUAAAGCCACCUGCUUUAGAUGAUACCCCUUUUACAUUUGUUGAAGACCUGAAAACCUUGGAUGUGCUAGCCACGAAGCUAAAGAAUGCAACCGAGUUUUCUGUCGAUUUGGAACACAACCAUUAUAGGUCAUUUCAGGGUCUGACAUGCUUGAUGCAGAUUUCAACAAGAACAGAGGACUUUAUUGUAGAUACUCUUAAGCUUCACAAAUAUCUCGGUGAUUACUUAAGAGAACCUUUCAGAGAUCCAACCAAGAGAAAGGUACUGCAUGGCGCAGGUCGUGACAUAUUAUGGCUUCAACGUGACUUCGGUAUAUACAUAUGCAACCUUUUCGACACAGGCCAGGCUUCAAGAAUCUUACAGAUGGACCGCAACAGCUUGGAGCAUCUUUUGCACCAUUUCUGUGGAGUGACAGCAAAUAAAGAAUAUCAGGCAGCAGAUUGGAGGUUGAGGCCACUUCCUGAUGAAAUGAUUAAGUAUGCUAGAGAAGAUACACACUAUCUGCUGUAUAUAUAUGACCUGAUUAGAUUAAGACUGGUGAAGGAGUCGUCAGGUGAAAACGAUCUUCUUUUAGAGGUUUACAAACGCAGCAAUGAAAUCUGUUUGCAACUAUAUGAGAAGGAUCUGCUGACUGAUUCAUCAUAUCUUUACAUACACGGGUUGAAAGAAAAUGAAUUGAAUGCAAGACAGCUGGCAGUUCUUUCUAGUCUAUAUCAAUGGAGAGAUAGCAUUGCUCGUGCUGAGGAUGAGAGCACUGGCUAUAUAUUACCCAAUAAGAUUCUACUUGAGAUAGCAAAGCAGAUGCCUGUGACAGCUGGAAAGUUAAAAAGAAUUGUGAAAUCGAGAAAUCCAUUUCUUGAGCGCCAUCUCGGCCAUGUCAUUACUACCAUAAGGAGUGCCAUGGAAAAUUCUGAUGCUUUUGAAAGUAUAGCUGAGCAACUAAAGAAGGGAAAGCUUGAUGAUUUAGUGGUGGUAAAUACAAUGAAGAGCAGUGAAGACACUGAGAUGAUUACAGCUGUCGAUGCUGAUAACAAUGAAGAUCCGAGUGAUGAAUCUGCUGUAGUUUCCACAGGGAUCACAAAUGCUAGUGCUGCUGCUCACUGUAUGGGUACUGUUACAAGCGAAGCUUCUUUAGGUGAUACCCAGCUAGAGAACAUCACGCAUGAAACUAAAAACUCAGGGACCUUAUCAGGGUUGACUGCAUCGGUGGAUAAGGAAAUAUUUAGCAAUGGUGGCCAGCAACAAGUAGCAAAGGCCACUGUUCAAGUAUCGAAGAGGCCUACAGCUUUUGGAGCUCUGUUGGGAAAACCAGCUUCUGGAAGAAGGCCAAAUCUUUUUCCAGGGUUUUCAACUGAGCAGGGUAAGAGUAAGGUAGACAAGAUAAUGUCUUCCGUGGUACUUCCUUUUCAUCAUUUCUCUGGUGGUGCAAAACCUCCAUCAGCCGGCCUUCCAUUGAAAGAAUCGGUGCAUUCUGAACCAGAAAGCAUCCAACACAGUGAUCCAGCUUGUCAGUUGGAAGAAGUGAUUCAGUUGGACACUGAAACAGAUGAUCCCCAGCUUCAAGAAAAUCACAACAAAGAUGGGCAUUGUGAGCCUGAAGACACGGAGAUGUCCGAGCCCCCUUCAGAUGUUCCCUCUGGUAUUCAGCAUCAAUUUCGGUCACUCAACGAAGAAAGAAACCUAAAGCAGAACCACAAGACACCUCAAGAACCUGAAUUUAAUGAGCAGUUGAAGGCUUUUGAUUACGCUGAAGCUAGAAAGAGUAUUUCAUUUGGCGAGCCUAAAGCUGAGAGGAGAAAAGAUGGUGCAGUUGCCAGGGCAAUAAACAUGGAUUCUGGGGACAAACGGAGAGCAUCAAACAAACCCGGCGUCAUAGAGAAUGAGGGAAAUUUCCAGAAUCCACGAAGGCGGCAAGCUUUCCCACCUUCUGGCAAUAGAAGUUCGACAUACCACUAGUAGUUGAGAUGUAUAACUGACGAACUGUAUUAUUCCAAGAUUUAUGGAUAUAACAGUAUUGCAGAAGGGGAACACGUUGUCUGGAAUUCAUAUUUGGAUCGCGGAAAUAUUUUGGGGAGAUGAAACAUUGAACUGGUUUCUCUUGCCCUUUGAUGAGAAACCAUCGAGGCCUCCUGCGUUGUGAUGUCCGUGUGUUGACUAUCAGAACUUCGAGAACAGUGUUAUAUAAUGUGAAAUUAUUAUAUUUGAGACGUGGAAA